CGCGGGGCGACAGUCGCCCGCCGGCAUGGGUCGCCCGCGCUGGCUCCUCGCGCUGCUGUGGGCCGCCGCCGUCGUCGCCCGCGGGGCAGAAACGCCCGCCGCGUGCGCCCUGCACGCCCUCCACGACUGCCAAGAUCCUCCAGGAAUCGUGGUUCCGUGUGGAAUUACACGUACAUAUGCAGCAGGUCCCCGCUGCUCAUCGAGACUUCGCUUGGGAGGGAACAAACUGCGCUCGUUCCCUCAGGGGGCUCGCGGGCGUGCAGUGAACCGGCUCUCCGCACUCUCCGACGCGUCUCAGCUGAAUCCGCGGAUCAAAGUUCUCGACUUGUCGGGGAGCGGUUUAGUGAACGUCACGAAGGGACUAAGAAAGCUCUCAGCGUUGGAAUCGCUCGACGUUCGUGGAAACAAACUCGCGUCGUUGCAGUUCCUGCCGGAACCGUGCGGUCUUCGAAAGCUGGAGGCUUCUUGGAACAAAGUGUCCACUCUCUUGGGCCCGCUGCAUCAAUGCGUGUAUUUGGUGAAGUUGAACUUGGGUUACAACCAAAUCAUGUUGCUUCCUAGCGGCGUUUUCAGAGGUAUGCGGCGCCUGAAGCUGUUGGUUCUCACGGGGAACAAGAUAUCGGCGCUUCCCCGACACGUCUUUGCGAGCUUGGGGAAGCUUCGGGACCUUCGUCUGGACAAGAACGAGCUUCUGAACUUGCCCGACGGACUGUUUGCUGGGCUGCGCUCUCUUCGCAACCUCACUGUGCAG